GAGCCAUGAGGAAAUGAUUAAUGAUUCAUAACUCCCCCCUCCCCCAUGCUCUGAGAUCACACAACCACCCGUGCUCCUUGUCCUUCCUCCCUCCUCUUCCUCGUUGUCACACACCGACUCCCGGAGAAACACGCGUUCUAUCCACCGGCCUGUCUUUACACCGACAAGACAAAAUACAAAGCACACCAUGAGUUCUGUGGACUUCCUGGCCCAGGAGAAGAUCUGGUUCGACAAACCUCGCUAUGACGAGGCAGAGAGACGCUUCUACGAGCGCACAGACGGCUCCUCACAACCCGCAGAGGUACCCGCAGCGAUACGCUCAACCGAGGAUGUCGGAUCCAACACCAUUCUGCAGGACAUCGCUAGGGCCAGGGAGAACAUCCAGAAAUCUCUAGCAGGACUGAAGACUACACUGUGUAACAGAGGGCAUCCUCCCCUGAGCCAACAGUCCCAGCUUAGCGUCAGCGGUGCAGCCGAUCAAGGAGAAAUCGUCUGUCGCAUCAAAGGCCUGGAGCUGGAGAACCAAAGCUUACACCAAGUGGUGGAUGACUUGAGGGCUGCACUUUCCAAACUGGAAUGUCGAGUAGCAGUUCUGGAGAAGUCUCCUGCAGUCGUGACCCCUGCUGCCGCUCCCUCAGUACCAUGCACAAACGGCACCACCGUCCAGCAGCAGAAAAGCGCCCCGGUUAAAGUCGAGGAGGAUGAUGACGACGACAUCGACCUGUUUGGUAGUGAUGACGACGAUGAAGAGGCGGAGAAACUCAAAGAGGAGAGGUUGAAAGCGUACGCAGAGAAGAAAUCCAAGAAGCCCGGCAUCAUCGCCAAGUCUUCCAUCUUAUUGGACGUCAAACCUUGGGACGAUGAAACUGACAUGGGGAAGCUGGAGGAGUGCGUGCGCUCGGUGCAGGCUGAGGGCCUGUUAUGGGGCACGUCCAAACUGGUUGCCGUGGGAUAUGGUAUCAAGAAACUCCAGAUCGCAUGUGUGGUUGAGGACGACAAGGUGGGGACAGACCUGUUGGAGGAAGAAAUCACCAAGUUUGAAGACUAUAUCCAAAGUGUCGAUGUAGCAGCUUUCAACAAGAUCUGAGUCCAGUGUGUGUCCCUUUGUGUCUUUCGUCACGCCUUGUUUCUCUGCUGAUGUGUCAACGGUUAAUGAUAAUAAAAACAAACUCUUGCACUUA